ACUUCAAUGAUUAUAACUCAAUAAUAUAGAAAAGAUUCAUUGUUGGAGCAAGAUAAUUUAAAAGCACACAGCCAUUGGCGUUUUUUUAUACACGCCAUACAAAUUUCCCUCAAUUAUUUCUAAAACAAACACACACAUACACACUCAUGGCUUCGCCGGCGCCGCAUAAACUUCCGGUGAUCGAAUUCACGGCCAACAACUCAAAACGAGGGGCGACAUCAUGGUACAAGGCAUGUAAUGAAGUGGUUUCUGCUUUGGAAAUGUAUGGAUGUUUUGUAGCAGUUUACGACAAGAUCUCCGAAGAAACACACAAUGGAGUGUUCGAGCAAUUGGAGUCACUGUUCGAUUGCCCUCUCGAGACCAAAGUUCAGAACAAAGCCACCAAGCCUUUGUUCGGUUAUGUUGGACAAAUUCCAAUGAUUCCUUUGCACGAAAGCAUGGGUAUCUACAACUCUAAUACCCUCGAAGGAAUUCAUGAAUUCGCUAAAAUUAUGUGGCCGGGUGGUAAUGACGAGUUCAGUGAAAAAAUUCUUACAUACACAAAAUUAUCCGUGGAGUUGGAAAGAAUUGUUUUUGAAAUGGUCCUCGAGAAGUAUGGAGUGGGGAAGUACUAUGAAUCUAUCGUUGGCUCGGCGAACUAUCUAUGUAGGGUGAUGAAAUAUCGGGAGGCUAAGAUUGGUGAAAAUAAAGUCGCAUUUCUAUCUCACACGGACAAGAGUUUCAUGUCGACAAUCCAUCAAAAUCAAGUGGAUGGAUUAGAGAUCCAAGCCAAAGAUGGCGAGUGGUUCGCCGUUGACAACCUUUCUACUUCUUCGGUUGUUGUCAUGGCGGGUGAUGCCUUUAUGGCUUGGAGCAACGACCGAGUAAAGUCACCACGACAUAGAGUGACCAUGAAUGGAAAAACAUCAAGAUAUUCCAUCGGAUUGUUUUCAUUUCUCGAGAAUGUAAUGGUGCAAACACCCGAGGAAUUCAUAGAUGAUGACUGUCCUCAGCUGUAUAAGCCAUUCGAUCACCUCAACUUUGUCGAAUUCUAUAGCAAAAAAGAGAACCUGGCUCUGAAAGAUGGGAAUGCUAUUAGAAACUACUGUGGCCUUUGAGUAGUGUUUAUUAAUAAAUUGUAAGAACUUUACAAGUUCUUUCGAUAUGUAUUGCGCAUGUGUGUAAUAAAUAAUUUUAACGAUCAAUUUGGUUGUAAUAUGAUAUUACCAACCUU